GUGAGGCAGGCAGGCAGGCAGAGAGAGCGCAUGUGAGUGUGUGUGUGAGGGAGAAGAAACGGCACACAGUGGAGUAUUGCUCAGUGACUGGUGGCUGAGGUGAGGUGUAAAGCUGUAGGGGACUUCCUAAUAAUCAGGGGACCUGAAGACCCUGUCUUUUGUCAAAGAGGAAUCAAAACGAUAUGGGCUCUGUAGAGGCUGGACUAAAGGGCUGAAGGAAUAUGGAAGAAAAAAAAGGAGAAAAGGUAGAGGAAUGUUUUCAGUGUGACUGUUUUUCCCAAACCACCAUUUUCCAUCCAUCACAUCCGGCGAAACUCACCACCUUCCCAGCACAGAGGGCGGACCUGGCUGGAAGUGUGUGUGACAGUAAGAAAGGGAGGAAGAGUGUCUGUGACACCUGUCGUCACUCAUUAUGCUGUUGAUCCAUCUCCAUAGCACUGACACACAGGUGCAGUUCCUAGCGAGCGCAGCAGGGGACACCUGAGAAUUUUCUGACAAACACAUACCUCCUGUCUCAUCUUCUCCAUUGAAAUGACGAUGUCAGGUUUAAACCGAGCGAUCGCUGCCUUCUGACAGUGUGGAUACCUUCUGUCCAAACUGGCACACUGGAGUUGAGCACAUUCUUAUCAUUAUACUUUCCUGAUUUCAAAUGGAUUCAACCUCUUUGAUCAACAGGUAAUAAUGUGGACCUGAGAAAAGGAUUGAAUGUGAGAUAUCGUGCUUAGGGUAUUUGCCCUCCGGUUUGGAAUACUUGGAACAGAGCAAAAGUCAUAGAGCUCUCUAUUGUUCGGGGGGGUUUUGCUAAGUUAUUGUUUCUCUCCGUUUCCGUCCGUCAUUAGCUACGACUACUUCAAGAAUUAACCGAGGUGAAGUCUGUACCCAUGGACAGCCUUCUCUGACUUAAUCCCACAUGUAGUUUGACAGACGUUAUGAGGGUUGACUUUGAGCUCUGAGCAUGUGGAGACUCUUAAGGACCAGACCUAUCCCUCUCUGCUCCUCUCUCACCACGUAACAGACUUGUAAGAGUUAGUGUGCCAUUGUAAGGGACGUGCUGGAGGUGUAUGGCGACUGACAUAAUGAACCUGCAUGGGAACGUAUCGGAGUUGAUCUCUUCUGCCGUCAGAGCCAUAACGCUUCCGUCCUUUGACCCCGACCCUGACCCUUGGCCUAAUGGUCCAGAGAGACUUCUGGGAAAUGAAAGCAGGAAUUUUUCAAAUGGGUGUAACGGGAAUGAUGGCGGCAAUGUGCAUGACUUUCCGCCAGGCAACUGGACGCAUAGCGGCAAGGUUUACAGUGAUGAAGCAAGGAUUCUGGCAUCAUCGCAGUGUGUGAAGGGGAUGAAAACAGUGGACAAGAACUGGGCUGCUUUGCUGAUCCUGGCGGUCAUUGCCGUUACAGUGACAGGUAACAUCCUGGUCAUCAUCGCAGUGUCUCUGGAGAAGAAGCUCCAGAACGCCACCAACUACUUCCUGAUGUCGCUGGCUGUCGCCGACAUGCUGCUGGGCAUCCUGGUCAUGCCCAUCUCCAUGGUGACAAUUCUCUAUGACCACUGGUGGCCCCUGCCCUCGGACCUGUGCCCUAUCUGGAUCUACCUGGAUGUGCUGUUCUCCACAGCCUCCAUCAUGCACCUGUGUGCCAUCUCUCUGGACCGCUACAUCGCCAUCAGAAACCCCCUCCACCACAGCCGCUUCAACUCCCGAACCAAGGCUCGCCUCAAGAUCAUGGCUGUCUGGACCAUCUCUGUGGGUAUCUCCAUGCCCAUCCCUGUCCUAGGCCUGCGGGACCACACAAAGGUAUUUAAAGAUGGCAGCUGCCUGCUGACAGAUGACAGUUUCGUCCUGGUAGGCUCCUUCGUGGCCUUCUUCGUCCCCCUCACCAUCAUGGUGGUCACCUACUUCCUCACCAUCAGCGCCCUGCAGAAUGAGGCUACACUCUGCCUGGACCAGCUCGUGCCCAGGCCCAAGUGGAGUGCCACCCUGACCCUGGGAUUUUUCCCACAGUCCUCGCUCUCCUCAGAGAAGCUCUUCUUCAGGCGUUCGCUCAGCCGCGACACGAGAGGGGUGGGAGGAGGGGUUGGCGGGGCUGGGGUGGACCCGCGGUACGGGCGUCGUACCAUGCAGUCAAUUAGCAAUGAGCAGAAGGCCACCAAGGUCCUGGGUGUGGUCUUCUUCUUGUUCGUGGUCAUGUGGUGUCCCUUCUUCAUCACCAAUGUGCUGGCAGUGGUGUGCAACCCCAUGAACUGUGACCCGUGGGUGAUGGGGGGGCUGCUGAACGUGUUCGUGUGGGUGGGAUACCUCUCCUCAGCCGUCAACCCUCUGGUAUACACUCUGUUCAACAAAACGUACCGUGCAGCCUUCUCCCGCUACGUACGCUGCCAGUACAGCCCGGAGAGGAAGCCUCUGCAGCUCAUGUUGGUUAAUACCAUCCCUCCACUGGCCUACAACUCCACCCACCUGCCCCUGGAGGAAAUGGGGUCCCUCAGGAAUGGGGCCCACAGUGGUGGAGGACCAAAUCAAACUCAGACAACGACAAGGCACCCAGGGACCAAGAUGAGAGCAUCAGCUGUGUGAGAGGUUGUGAGCCUGUGAGGACUGAAUCUCCCAUAAUCCUAGUGAGAUGUGCUGUGUUUUGAUCACGAUCUCACCUUGUUUCCGGAAGGAAACCUUUGGAACGGAGGUUCCUGUGCUGGAAUGUGUUCAGUAGCUCUGUGGUGAGACUCAUGCCAGAGAGGAAUAUGUGAAGAGAGAGGGUCCACUCCCGUCAAAAUCUGUCCACGCGCGAAUACAGUGAUAAGCUGUAGGAAGCAGGGAGUACAGAGAGAGGAAAAGACACAACCUGCCUCACAAACACUUAAACUAGUUACACCAGAAGAGAACAACUGAGCUAAAGCAAAAUUAUCAGCAAUAGCCAGGGGCCACGAGGGGAUACAUUUCCCCAAAAUGAUCAUAGCCUGGAUACCAGACUGUUUAGCUAACAUUCCACUCCUUGUGUGCCAAAGAUGUUUCACAAUGACACAUCAAGGAGUGGAUUAUUAACUAAACAGACUAGUACCUAAGCUACAGUGGCUUGCGAAAGUAUUCACCCCCUUGGCAUAUUUCCUAU